GAUAAGAACUUAAGUUCGGAGACAUAUGCGUUGUUUCCUGACACUUUACACAGCUUUUUACUCAAAGAAAAGAAAUGGAUCACUAUCCGGAUUGAUCAAAUUAGUUCCAUCUGCUGGAAUAAGAAAGCUUUCGAUCGCCUUGUCCUUCCAGAGAGGACUAAAGAUCUAAUAAAAAGCCUUGUUUUGGUCCGUACGACGAAGGUUGGGGAAAGCAGAGGUCUGAGUAUUGCGGGGAAAAGAAAGGACAUAAUUGCAGGAAAGGGGAACGGUCUCAUUAUGUUGCUGCAUGGAGCACCAGGCACAGGCAAAACGUUGACCGCAGGUAUAUCAUCCCAUAUUGCUGAGAGACCCUUGUAUAACGUGACUUGUGGUGAUAUUGGAACCAAUGCAGAAGAAGUGGAGAGAUAUCUCAAAUCCAUACUCUUCUUAGGUAAGAUGUGGAAUUGCACAGUUCUGCUUCUCGACGAAGCAGAUGUUUUCCUGGAAGAACGUUCGCUUUCUGACCUAAAGAGAAACAGCUUGGUUUCUGCAGUUUUCCUGCGAACGCUGGAGUACUAUGACGGAAUUCUGAUAUUGACAAGCAAUAGAGUCGGAACAUUCGACGAAGCAUUUAGUUCACGCAUCCAGGUUUCGUUGCAUUUCCCGCUACUCGACCGUCCUUCACGGAGACAAAUUUGGUUGAACUUCUUGGAAAUGAUGCGGGAGGACGAAGAAGAGGUUGAUUUUGCUGGAUUGGAACGUCGUGUUGAGGAGCUAUCCGAUCUUGAGAUAAACGGCCGCCAGAUCAGGAACGUGCUGACAACGGCAAGGCAGUUGGCAAUUUUCAAGAUGGUAACCAUGGGAUGGGAGCACGUCCAAAAAGCGAUAAGAGCGGCUGCCGACUUUACAAGGUAUAUACAAACUGUCCAUGGCCAUACGGAUGAACAAAACGCCAGAGAUGAAAAGUGGAGGUAG